GGGCCGCGGGCGGCGGGCAGGCAGCGCGCCGGACAGCCCUCGGCCGGCGGCUAUGGCGGCGGCGCUGGGGGUGCGGGGGGCGACGCGGUGCUGGUUUGUGGCGCUGCGGGGCUGGAGCCAGAGAGUCGCAGCCAUGUCAACAGAUGCUCACUGGUUGACAGCAGAAGAGAGGAACCAAGUUAUACUUGACCUUAAAGCAGCAGGAUGGUCAGAAUUAAGUGAGAGAGAUGCAAUCUACAAAGAGUUCUCUUUCAAAAAUUUUAAUCAGGCAUUUGGCUUUAUGUCCCGAGUUGCCCUACAAGCAGAGAAGAUGAAUCAUCACCCGGAGUGGUUCAAUGUAUACAACAAGGUCCAGAUAACUCUCACAUCGCAUGACUGUGGUGGACUGACCAAAAGAGAUGUGAAACUGGCCAAGUUUAUUGAAAAAGCAGCUGCUUCUGUGUGAUUUCAUCUAAAACGCAUGUAAAAUCUUAUAUGCGUCUUAAGCGCCAAUGUAUUUUGAAGGCAAUUUAAAUGAAAAAAUUAAGUUGUAAAUUUAGCUCACCUUUUGAAGUAUUGCAUUUUGUAAAAAUCAGUGCUUAAAAAAUAAAGAUGACUUAAACUUAA